AUGGGUGACAAAGACACUGUGGAGAAGUUCCUGGACAACAACCCGCAGUUCGCCAAGGAGUACUACGACAAAAAAGUCAGAGCGGACGUCAUCGCCGCCGCUUUCGACAACGACGCGUCCUCGUACAACGCCGCUGCCGUCGUCCAGGAGGCUCGGUUCGUGUCGGAGCUGGUCAAGGAGCUGCGAGGCCCCGGCCCUCUGGAGAAGUCCCUCCACAAAGUUCUCCAGAGGACUGCGCUGGUCGUCGGCGCCGACCGCUGCAGCUAUUUUGGCUACCGGGCGCGCAACGGGACACCCGAGCUGGCCACGGUGCUCUUCGACGUCACGCGCGAUUCCACCUUUGAACAGAACCUGGUGGACCCCGAUGUAGAGAUCGUUUUCCCCACCGAUAUGGGGAUCGUCGGGUGGACGGCGCACAGCAAAAAGCCGCAGAAUAUCGCCGACGUCAAGAAGGACUCGCAUUUCAGCGACUUUGUGGAUAAACAGACAAAGUACACUACAAAAAGUAUGAUGACGGCGCCCAUUUUGUGCGGGAAGGAGCCCGUCGGCGUUGUCAUGGCGCUCAACAAGCAGGGCGACGACGCCUUUUCCAAAAGCGAUCAGGAGCUUUUCGCCCAGUACGUCAAUUUUGCGGCGGUGGUGGCCCUCCAAGCGCACACGGCUUACAUGUGGGAUGUGGAGUCCAGGAGAAGCCAGGUUCUGCUGUGGUCAGCCAGCAAAGUCUUUGAGGAGCUGACGGACAUCGAGCGGCAGUUUCACAAAGCCCUCUACACGGUCAGGACUUACAUCAAGUGCGAGAGGUACUCUGUGGGGCUCCUGGAUAUGACCAAAGACAAAGAGUUUUUUGAUGAGUGGGCCAUCAAACUUGGGGAACAGGAAGCAUACAAAGGUCCCAAAACACCUGAUGGUAGAGAAAUCAACUUCUACAAGAUCAUUGACUACCUGCUGGAAGACAAAGAGGAAAUUAAAGUCAUUCCCGCCCCCCCCGCGGACCACUGGGCCCUGGUCAGCGGACUGCCCACUUACGUGGCAGAGAACGGAUUUAUUUGCAACAUGAUGAACGCCCGAGCCGAUGAGUACUUCUCAUUUCAGAAAGAAGCGGUGGACGAGAGCGGCUGGAGAAUAAAGAACGUCCUCUCCCUCCCCAUUGUCAACAAAAAGGAAGAAAUAGUGGGCGUGGCCACCUUCUUCAACAGACGCGACGGCAAACCCUUUGAUGAGAGCGACGAGCAAAUCGCAGAAGCUCUCACCCAGUUCCUGGGCUGGUCCACUCUUAACAGUGACACCUAUGACAAACUCAACCGCACCGAGUGGGGUAAAGACGUGGCGCAGGAAAUGCUAAUGUACCAAACUAAGGCCACGCCUGCCGACGUACAGAGCAUUUUGAACACUCAAGAAAAAUUGGGUUCUGCGCCAGAGGACUGCGACCAGAAGGAGAUGUACAAGCUGCUGAGAGCCAGCAUCCCCGAAUCAGACGCCGUGGAUCUUCACGAGUUCAGCUUCAGCGACUUCCCGCUGUCCCAGUCAGAUCUCGUCAAGUGCGGCAUCCGCUGCUUCUUCGACCUCGGGGUGGUGGAGAAGUUUAAAGUCCCGGCGGAGAUCCUGACGCGAUGGAUGUACACGGUUUGCAGAGGUUACCGCGACAUCACCUACCACAACUGGAGGCACGGCUUCAACGUGGGACAAACCAUGUUCGCACUCCUGCUGACGGGAAAGCUGAAGAAGUACUACUCAGAUCUGGAGGCUUUUGCUAUGGUGGCCGCCGGGUUCUGCCAUGACAUCGACCACAGGGGGACCAACAACCUCUACCAGACAAAGAGCGCGUCCCCGCUGGCCAAACUUCACAGCAGCUCCGUGAUGGAGCGACAUCAUCUAGAGUACAGCAAGACGCUGAUGGAAGACGAGAACUUGAACAUCUUCCAAAACCUGCAAAAGCGCCAAUUUGAGACCGUGCAGCACCUGUUUGAAGUUUGCAUCAUCGCCACGGACCUCGCGCUCUACUUCAAGAAGAGAACAAUGUUCCAGAAGAUUGUGGAUUCCAUGGAGGCCAUUCCGGACGAGAAGGACAAAAUCAACCACAUCUCCAACAACCCGACCAGGAAGGAGAUCAUCAUGGCGAUGAUGAUGACGGCGUGCGAUCUGUCGGCCAUUACCAAGCCGUGGGAGGUUCAGAGUAAGGUGGCUUUGAUGGUGGCGGCAGAAUUCUGGGAGCAGGGAGAUCUGGAAAGAACCGUCCUUGACCAGCAGCCCAUCCCAAUGAUGGAUCGGAAUCACGCUGACGAGUUACCAAAGAUGCAGUGCGGCUUCAUCGAUUUUGUCUGCUCUUUCGUGUACAAGGAGUUUUCACGCUUCCACAAGGAGAUCGACCCCAUGUUUGCGGGUCUCAACAACAACCGGGGAGAGUGGAAAGCACUCGCUGAUGUCCACGAGGCCAAGAUGAAGGCCAUCCAAGAUGAGAAGAAGAAACUGGAAGGCGGAGGAGAGGGGGACGCGGGUGGCAAGUCAAAGACGUGCAUCAUCUGCUAAGUAAAAUAGGCACUUCAAGUUAACGGCACAUUUUUACCAGGGCCUAAAAACACGGCCAUUGAUGGCAGUAGACAUCUGAUCUGUUUCGCCCCGUCUGCAUCUCAAGGGCCCAAAUAAAGGACACUUUUAGCAUUUUAUGCCGUUUACCGCAAAGAAAUAGGAUAAACACUUUGCUAGUUUACUUACGUUUUAAAAAUGUCUCCUGCUAUAAUAGGACAAACUACGUAAGAAGAUUUGACACAAUUGGAUUUGCUUAUUAGCUCUUUGGAGUCCCCGGCUUGUAUUUUUCUAAGCCAGCUGGCCCCUCCGCCCCCCAUUUGCUACAUAAAGUAAAAACAGUGACGUCCAACCCGCCAACCUCACGAGACACACAGGUGGUCUUAAUCCACUCAUGUUACAAUAGCUUUAAAUAGAUGUUACCUUAUGUCAGUGCUUCUCAAUUAUUUUCUGUUACGCCCCCCCAAGGAAGACGUAAAUGUUUCGCGCCCCCCCAAACUCUCUGCCGCCACUGUAAAUAGUAUCAUUUGUCUAUAAAAUGACUAUUAUUAAUACGCAUCUGCCUAACAUUGGGUCCUUUUUUUUCUAAUAAAGAAAAAAAGUAACAUAGAUCAACUUAUAAUAAAGUAUAACUUUAUUAACAUUGUUUUGUUUGUAACAGAGAAGACUUGACGCGCAUCAGUUUGCCUGAAUUUUAAAAAAGUCACAUCCAAAAUGUAAAAAUACACUCAACGUACAUUUUUGACUAUUUGAUACAGAAAAAUAAAAUGUAAUAAGAUCAGUAAAUAAUAACAAAUUCAAAUUCAUUAGAAACAUUCACUCAUGAGGACAAUAUGCCAAAAAAACUGACCGAAAAAACAAAACUGAAUAAAAGAAAAAAAAGAGUGUCCUUGGACAGAAGGACAGUUUUUAUUUUUACUGCUCACACCUCCUUUGCAAUGGUGUGGAGUUAUUUUGCAAUAAGCAUGCUAACAAUGCUCACUGGUUUACUGAUAUAACACUGACAAACCAGGACGAUUGUUGGCAAUAUUUGGCACGUUUUCGCUGAAAAACAAUCAAGCGGAUUAUCAAUGAGAUUGGGGUCUAAUGUCGUUAAGUGGCGUCUUAAUUGAUUUGUUUUCUGGCUGUCCGCUAUAAUUAUUUUUAGACACAGUAAACUUUGGUCUUUCCUCAUCAUACACUGUAUUAAAAGUCAAAGCUAAAAGGCAAACAGCACGAAAAAAGCGCAUUCUCGGCGGCCGAGGUAGAACCGUAGGUGAGGGCGGUCGUCGUGACGAUCCCAAACCGAAAAUGGCACUUCUCGGGCGGCGACGUGAGAACCGGACAAGACACUGCGUCGUCACAAGUUGCUGCGUGAGUGAGUCCGGUCGGAAAACGGCUUUCGAAAACGGCGGCGGCGCACUGCUCUUCAUAUCUGUUUUCUGUGUGCUGAGUGCUCUUUCUUAGUUCAAAAAUACUGCGCGCACUCUGAAAAUGAGAGCGCC